GCCUAAUGAGAUCCCCUUUUUCCCCAUCAAUGAGGCAGUACCGUUUGCAUUUCUCACUUCAGUAUCAGAGAAAAAUCUUUCCGUUAAUCUUUGCCUCUGUUCUUUCUCGUAGCCAUGGCUUCCGAUUCUUCUCCCGCUAAUUUCAAUAAUGGUCCUUCCUCUCCUGAUGAUUCCUUCUCCAGCCCCAUAGCUAACACCUCUUCCCCAGCUCAUCGUCGCCGGCGUGGCCGCCGUCAAGCCUCCACUCCUUCAUCCGCUGCCGCAACUCCACCUCCAAACCCUUCUCGUUUCGCCAACUCGGCAUCUACCCCAACCCCAGCUCGUUCCACCAGGCGUGGUCGUCGCCCAGGCCCAGCCACGUCCCCAUCUCCCGCUGUCGCUGCCACUCCAUCCUCCACCGACGAUUUCUCGAUGCCCUCUUCCGAGGGGGGCGAGGAUAUGGAGGAGGCGACCCCAACCUUUGUUUGGGGUACCAAUAUUAGUGUCCAAGACGUGAAAAAUGCAAUCCAGAUGUUCAUCAAGCAUUUCAGGGAUCCCCAAGAAUUAAGCAAUGAUAUCUACGGGGAAGGAAAGUUUACGAGGUUGAUACAUAGAGUUCUUGAAGUAGAAGGAGAGUGGAUUGACGUUGAUGCUCAUGAUGUUUUUAAUUAUGACUCUGAUCUGUAUAACAAAAUGAUGAGGUAUCCCCUUGAGGUUUUAGCCAUUUUCGACAUCGUUUUGAUGGACAUUGUUAGUGUGAUUAAUCCUUUGUUUGAUAAACACGUUCAAGUUCGGAUUCAUAAUCUGAAGAGCUCUACUUCCAUGAGAAAUCUCAACCCAUCUGAUAUUGAGAAGAUGGUGUCACUAAAGGGGAUGGUAAUUCGAUGUAGUUCGAUAAUUCCUGAGAUUAGGGAAGCAGUGUUUAGGUGUAUUGUUUGUGGGUACCAUUCUGAGCCUGUUGUUGUGGAUAGAGGUCGAAUUAGUGAGCCUACUUCCUGCUUGAAGCAAGAGUGUCUUGCCAAGAACUCAAUGGCAUUGGUUCAUAAUAGAUGCAGGUUUGCUGAUAAGCAGAUUGUGAGGCUCCAGGAGACACCAGAUGAGAUUCCAGAAGGAGGGACACCACACACAGUGAGCUUGUUGAUGCAUGAUAAGCUGGUGGAUGCUGGAAAACCUGGGGACAGGGUUGAGGUCACUGGCAUUUACAGGGCUAUGAGUGUCAGAGUUGGGCCUACACAAAGAACUGUGAAAUCACUGUUCAAGACAUACAUUGAUUGCCUUCACAUCAAGAAAACUGAUAAGUCAAGAAUGACGGCUGAGGACCCUAUGGAAGUUGAUAAGGGGUCACAAAGGGUUGAUGAUGAUGUCCAGUUUGAUGAAGACAAGGUGGAAGAGUUAAAAGAGUUAUCCAAACAACCAGAUAUAUAUGAAAGAUUAACAAGGUCAUUGGCACCAAACAUUUGGGAGCUGGAUGAUGUUAAGAAAGGUCUUCUUUGCCAGCUUUUUGGCGGGAAUGCUCUGAAAUUGCUAUCUGGUGCUAGCUUCCGUGGUGACGUUAAUAUCCUUCUGGUUGGUGAUCCUGGAACCAGCAAGUCCCAGCUACUCCAAUACAUACACAAGCUUGCUCCACGUGGCAUUUAUACCAGUGGAAGGGGGAGCUCUGCUGUUGGAUUGACUGCUUAUGUUGCUAAGGACCCUGAAACAGGGGAAACUGUUUUGGAGAGUGGAGCCCUUGUUCUGAGUGACAGAGGCAUCUGUUGUAUUGAUGAAUUUGAUAAAAUGUCUGAUAAUGCAAGGAGCAUGCUGCAUGAGGUAAUGGAACAACAGACUGUUUCAAUAGCAAAAGCUGGUAUAAUUGCAUCUCUUAAUGCAAGGACUUCAGUCUUGGCUUGCGCAAAUCCUAGUGGUUCACGCUAUAAUCCGCGUUUGUCUGUGAUUGACAACAUACACCUGCCUCCAACCUUGCUGUCCAGAUUUGAUUUAAUCUACUUGAUUCUCGACAAGGCUGACGAGCAGACAGAUAGGCGUUUAGCUAAGCAUAUUGUUUCUUUACAUUUUGAGGACACAGAGAUUGCUGAGCAUGAUGUCAUAGAUCUUGCUACAUUAACAGCAUAUGUGAGCUAUGCUCGCAAGAAUAUUCACCCAAAAUUAUCUGAUGAAGCUGCUGAAGAGCUAACCCGAGGAUAUGUCGAAAUGAGGAAAAGAGGAAAUUUCCCAGGCAGCAGUAAAAAGGUCAUCACAGCAACACCAAGGCAAAUUGAGAGUCUGAUACGCCUUAGUGAAGCCUUGGCUCGUAUUCGAUUCUCGGAAACAGUUGAAAUGCGAGAUGUAACUGAGGCAUUCCGGCUUCUGGAAGUUGCUAUGCAGCAAUCAGCAACUGAUCACUCCACAGGAACUAUUGAUAUGGAUCUUAUCACCACUGGAGUUUCUGCAAGUGAAAGGAUGAGGAGGGAGAGUGUGUUAUCAGCAACACGCAACAUAAUAAUGGAUAAGCUGCAACUUGGGGGACCAUCAAUACGAUUGCUAGAGUUACUGGAUGAAAUGAAGAAGCAAAACUCUGGCACUGAAAUUCACCUUCAUGAUCUAAGAACUGCAGUUGCAACUCUAGCCAGUGAGGGAUUUGUUGUACUUCAUGGUGACAGCGUGAAGAGAAUGUGAAAAUGUGAAAGCUACAAAAAAGACCGAAACUAUCAAAGUCGAACGAAAUAGCCAGCCAAUGUGCUAACCACUGGAAAUGCUGCCUUGUGACUUCCGAGAUACCCUCUGCGAAAGACAUUUACUCUUAAGGUAUCCCUUAGCCUGUGGUGGACUUAAAGAAGAGAAUUGAGUGUUAGGUAUGUCAUUUAAUUAGUUGAUUGUGACAUGUAUCAUAUCCUUACCAGCUGCUAGUGUAAUACCAGAGCUUAUUCUUUUCCAUGUCUCUCUUCUUUUAAGAUGUCUAACUUAAUGUUUUUAAACGAUAACAAUUAAGUGGUACUAAGUGCAAA